AGCAUCGCUUUGUGGACAUCGUGAAUUAUAUCACGCUCACUCUUCGAAUACUGGUAUCGUAAACGAAAUACAUGGAGCAUCAACAGAGACAAGUACGAAAUCACAAUAUGGCUGCCACACUAUGACAGAUGAUUGUGGAUUUAAUUAACCUGUACCACCUUUGAAGAUGACAAGUUGGAUGACGCCUCUAAAUACCGUCGAUGUGGUGAUGUAUUGAGUUUCCGUGGUGCUCAGGAAUGCAGAGCACCUUGUCGCCGGCAGGUGAUAAGGACAAGCUAUAAAGCCAUUGAUGACAUAACGCACAUCGGUUGGUGACGUAUAGCACAGCGGCUGGUGAUGUAGAGCACAGCGACUGGUGACGUAUAGAACGGGUGAAAAGCAAGUAUAAGCAAAACUUUUGUUGUCGUGUCAAAUGCAAGUUCAUUACGGUUAUGAACACAACAAUCCUUACCCUAACUUCUGAUCCAUCGGAUGUUUUGAUUCCAGGGAUGCUAUGGGCCGAGUUCAACAAAUCUGACAUAACAGCUGCAGUAACGAUGGUAACCAUAAAGAGUAUUCUCAUCUUGUGCAUAUUCUUCGGAAAUGGAUUAGUACUUAUAGCUUUCUGUCGGCAUCCCAAACUCAGGAGGACCUUGACGAACUACCUGCUCGCUAGUCUUGCGGCCGCAGAUAUUCUGAUUGGAGUUGGCUGUAUUUGUGGCAUGAUUGUCAUCCAUUCAAUGGUUGGGUUCAGGAGUAAACAUGCCUGCUUGAUAAACAUCGCCGUCAUCAACUUCGGUGCCUGUAUGUCCAUCAUAGACCUCCUGUUUGUUGCCCUGGACCGACUGGUUGCGAUACGCUGGCCACUGCGCUACCCAAGCAUCAUAACAAAAAGAAGGGUACUCUGGGGGCAGGCGGGGAUAGUGGUGUUGUUAAUCGCACUUACAUUGCUCCAUUACUGUGGGCUCCACGACUGGGACGAGCAUGUUGGCUGUUUUCCUAUUUACGUUAGCGACAAUGUCUUUGCCUUAGCUGGUAUGGUUGCUGUGGUUAUAGUAUUGUGCAUCAUAGUCGGGAUUUAUGUUUACAUUUUCCUGGUUGCAAAGUCACAUUUUGUGAGGAUCGUGAAACAGGAAGGAGCCCGGGAUAUCCAUGGUCACAGACCUAGUCUGAAAGAUCUGAAGGCGGCAAAAAUGUUGUUCUUGAUCAUGGCCAUCUUUAUCAUCUGUUGGGGGACGAGCUUAAGUAUCUCGAUUGCUAUCAUGAAAAACCAUAGUUUCAGCACUACAUUGUUUAUUCUCGACAACUUUGGUUACAGUUCGAUGCUGUUGUCGUCUGCGCUCAACCCGCUUGUCUACGCUUUUAGAAGCCAAGAGUUCCGACUCGCGUUUGGGAAACUACUGCGCCCUUUCAGAGUGGAGAACAGUCAUUUACCCGAAAACACAGCAACAACAACAUCGCAAUCACGAACGAAUGACGACGUUAGCAGUAUUGCUGGCAUUAGAUUCUGAUGGCAGACUCAUUGAAGAAGAUCGCCACAUUACACAAAGAAUUGGUGUUUUGUCUUCGACUGUGUUCGUUUCUGACCGCUGACCGCGUUGUUAAGGCACGCUGCUCUCUGUGACAACGGUCUCCCUAGCUGUCUAUUAGAUGGAAAUACCGAGGUAUGGGGAGCACUGAAAAAAACGUUACACCGACACAUUUCAAAAGAACUUCGAAGCAUUGUCGUUAUCCUACACAGCCGGGUACCCGGGUUUGUUGGUAGUCUCUUAAUGGGAUUCAUGUUGUGUUACAUCCGGGGAAACGGCUCAUUCGGGGGCCUGUUCCUAUCUAACAAGGUCAGCAGAUUGUAGGCCUGCUCCAAUUCACUCAGUGUGUCAAGACUGCAAAAUGUUUUUCCGGUCCAGUUAUGUCGAAAGAUAAUCGGUAGAUGAUGGAAACCUUGAUUUGAGCGCCAUAACACGACGUCACGUGCAAAAAUAAAUGUGAAAAACUUGAGAAAGGCUACGUGGUGUUAGGCUGUUGUCUCCUCUGCAAAAUUACGAUCAAGGAAAGGCAAGACACUUGCAACGCCGUCUUGUGAGGGACAGAGCAAAUGCCAUGGAAUACUUGACUGUGCAUGGUAGGGAUGAAUGGAAUCGACUUCCCACUUCAUAAAAGGAACGUUGGCCUGCCAUCUCCCAUAUCUCCUACAUUCUGAUUGUUGGUUCAUUUUGAGCAGAAAAGAAAAGUAGAAGAAAAGACUUUCAAAACCCCUACUUGUAAUGAGGUGGCGUUGGCGAUGUGGAACUGGCAGGAGUAUUCGUCAUUUUCAUCCCGAUCUGAUGGUAUGAUGUUGAUGUUGAUGGAUGACGGGGGCGCAUUAUCUUGAAUGGUGUAAGCGACUUUACUAUGAUAGAUCACGUCUUGUUUAAUGAAGCGCUUCACUAGUUAUGCUGUCGCACAAAGCGAGAAGGCUUCUCAACUCCUGUGAUAGACAGGUGUUCUCACCACGGGUUGAUCGUCUUGAUUGAAUGGCCAACACUGAGAUUUGAGUUUUUCUUAAAAGAAUAACUUCAAUUGCAUAUGGUUGUGAAGAAA